CCAACCAAAGCACCAUAGGCGUCACUCGUCUAAGUUUUCAUCUUAACAAGCAAGUCUCUGAAAGAAAGCCGAGGAGGAAUGGCUUCAAUAUCAACAACAUCAACAGCCACUCUGUUCUCUUCACUCCUCUCAAAACCCUCUUUCUCCCUCUUCCGUACCCUCCCUCGCAUCACUUGCUGUUUCCCUUCAACUUCUUCUUCUUCUUCUUCUUCUCUUCAAUUCAACAUCUCAUUUGCUCCUCCAAAGCCAAAACCAACACAAUCCCCCCUCCCUCGACACCAACCCCAACUUCAAGAAAAUAACGACGACGAUUGCGACGAAUUCGAUGGGCCCCGUCAGCUCUUCAUUCCCUGGAUUGUCCGCGGCGAGGAUGGCAACCUCAAGCUCCAAACCCACCCGCCUGCGCGGUUCAUACACGCUAUUGCCCAUGCCAAGACCCAUGAGCGUAAAAAGAAGAAGAAAAAUAACGCCAAUAUUGGUGGUGCUAAAAGUGUUAAGCUUUCCAAAGCUGCUCGGAGGUUUUAUAAUGACAACUUCAGAGACCCUCCUGAACGCCUCAGUAAAGUCUUGGCUGCAGCCGGUGUGGCAUCGAGAAGGGGUAGUGAAGAGCUUAUAUUUGAAGGUCGAGUGACUGUAAAUGGUUCUGUAUGCAAUACUCCUCAGACUAGAGUUGAUCCUGCAAGUGAUAUCAUUUACGUAAAUGGGAGACGCCUCCCUAAGAAAUUGCCACCAAAAGUAUAUCUUGCACUGAACAAACCAAAAGGGUACAUCUGUUCAUCUGGGGAAAAGGAGUUUAAGUCUGUCAUUAGUCUAUUCGAUGAUUAUAUAAAGAGUUGGGAUACAAUAAAUCCAGGACUACCAAGACCGCGAUUGUUCACUGUUGGUCGCCUUGAUGUUGCCACAACAGGAUUGAUUAUAGUGACUAAUGAUGGAGAGUUUGCUCAGGAAAUAUCACAUCCUUCAUCUAAGUUGCCGAAAGAAUACAUUGCAACCAUAGAUGGUGCUGUAAGUAGGCGGCACUUAAUAGCCAUUAGUGAAGGAACAGUUAUUGAGGGCAUCCAUUGUACUCCAGAUUUGGUGGAGUUGUUACCACGACAACCAGAUAAACCAAGACCUUGUCUUCGUGUUGUGGUUCAUGAAGGGAGAAACCAUGAAGUUCGAGAACUUGUGAAGAACGCUGGACUUGAGAUUUACUCCUUAAAACGAGUGAGGAUUGGUGGAUUCAGAAUUCCUUCAGAUCUUGGGUUUGGAAAGCACGUGGAAUUAAAACAAUCUGAUCUUGAGUCUAUCGGUUGGAAGAAUUGAGUUUCUACAGAGCAUGGAGUUCACAAGCCUUUUCUCUGCUUCAAGCAAAGUACUGUCAGUCGAAACAUGGCUUCACAAUGGUAUCUGGAAUAGUGCUGAUGUUUAUCAGUGAGAAUGUGGAAUGCUCCCUUUCUCUUUUUCGGAGGAAGUUCAUGAAUCAUGGGCAGGACUGCUUUUUAUAUGUAACAGGGCCACCAUUUCUGUCAAAGUGAAACAGAGGGCUAUCUAUGUCAAUCAAAGCCGUCUCUGUAAAUUGGUGAGUAGCAAGACUUGCAAGCAAAAUCUUACAUGUGUAGAAUGAGAUUUGAAAUCAGGUUCUACCUAAAUCAAUAUUAUAUUAUUUUUCUCCUUUUCACCCCAAAUAAUUGAUCUUCUGUUGAUUCAAAUUCAAUAUUAUCUUUAUCUUUGUUAUUAA